UUGAAGUAAAAGUUGACCAUUAAAAAGUUGAUCCUGCCAAACAACAACAAUAUAAAACUUGGAAAAAACUGUCAUCCUUGAACAAUCAUAUGAACUCAAACUCUUAUGGAGGUCUCAAAGAAGGUUUUGAUAACAGGUGUGAGCAAAGGGUUAGGAAGAGCUUUAGCCUUGGAGUUGGCUACCCACAACCACACAAUAAUUGGUUGUUCACGUAGCCAACUUAAACUUGACUCUCUUCAAGAUGAGCUUUCUAGAUUAUAUCCCAAUAAUCAUCAUUUGCUCUUCAACGUUGAUGUGACAUCGAAUAGCAACAUUGAAAAGUUCGCACAGCUUGUUGAAAACAAUCUUGUCCCGGACAUUAUUGUGAAUAAUGCAGCUUUAGCAAGUAGAAAAAGUAAGAUAUGGGAGAUUGAGGAUGAAGAAGUUGAUAAUGUGAUUGAUACAAAUGUGAAAGGGAUAAUAAAUGUUAUGCGUCACUUUAUUCCUCUAUUGAUUCACAAUAAGCAAGGCGUCAUCAUUAAUAUGUCAUCAAAUGCUGGAAGAGAGGCAUUUGGAGAAGUUACUCUAAUUCCAUCCAUCUCUAUUAAUAUCCAAUUAUUAGCCGCUUACUAUCAUUUCUUUUUAUCUUUUUCUUUCAUUGUUAACCUUUUUCUUCUUCUUCCAUUUUCUAUCUUACAAAGGUAAGGUUUGAAAUUCUUUUCAAAAAUAUUUGCAAAUAUAGCAGUCAAAUCUAAAGUAUUAACAUACAUACCAUGAUGCAAAAGAACUUACAGUUAUAGCAAAAUUUAGAUUCAAUUCUUGGAAUCUAUCAAUGAUAUACUAUAUCAUUGAUCGAAGUCAAUCAAUAAUAGAAUCUAUGAUUGAUAGGAGAUUGUCACUUUUCUAUAUUUGCAAUUCUUUAAAAAUAUUAAUAUACACUUAAUUAUUAGCCUUAAAAGUGUUAUCCAUUGCAAUUACUUUUUUUGAACGAUAUUUAACUUAAAUAUGAGCCUUUUUGGGAGUGGAUCUUUAGCGAUCAAAUUCACUUUUGACAUUUUCAAAAUCAUUCUGAAACAUGGUUUUAAUCAUUCAGCUUCAAUUUUUAUGAUCAUAAAAUUAAUUGCAUCUAAAAAGUGUAAAUUUAAAUAUUCAAUUAAUUUUAAAUGAUUAAAGAAAUAUUUUUGAACCCUCUUCUUUGAAAAUGGUUUUCAUGCAUACUUUCAAACUCAAAUUAAGUAUAAUUAGAGUGCUUAUUGAUUUUGUUUUCUUCGACUGCUUGCUUGUACACUCCAUCACUUUCACAUCAUGAUGUGAUAACUUGACUUUUUAAGACCUUUUAUUGAGUUCAUUAGUACAUACCAAAAUAAUUUUUUGAUUCGGGAUCCCAAAACAAAUGAAUCAAAGUAAUACCAAAACGUGAACAAAGGGCAAAACUACUGGUUUUGAAAUUGAAAUAAAAGUAUUGAUAUGCUUUUAAAGACAUGGAAAAAAAUGCAGGUUACGACAUCAUUAAUCUCAUGACACUGCCAAUAGACCAAACUUGUCAUGCGCCCUACACAUCCUUUUCUUUAUUUCAUCUUUUUUUUUUUUAAAGAAAAGGUAGUUCUAUUGUAAAUUAGACGCGUAUCUAUUCGAUCUCUUAAAUUAAAUUUAUAAUGAUUUAGUUUUUUUAUCAUGUAAUAAUAUGAGUCCAUGUAAUUUAAAAUUUAUAGUUAUUUUGUUCUACAUUCAAAAUUAUCAUGAAUAUUGAAUGAAAUUUUUUACCAGCAUAGAUCGAUAACGAAUUUAUAACGAAACAUAUUUUAAAUUAAAAACACUCAAUUCUUAGACAAAGGCUACAAUAUGUUUAUGAUGGGGCCCUAAAUUUAAAAGUAACAAAAAGACCAAAUCAUUACACUUAAUUUUCUGUAUUUUAUUUUAACCUUAAAAUUUGACAUAUAUAUAUGAAGAAAUUUUGCAAUAUUGGGAGGGUGCUUCAAAUAUUGAAGUUAUUCAUAUGUAAAAGGAAAGUUAUAUGAAGAAAAUUUGGAAAUAAUGAAUGGUUGCUUGGGGCUUAGAUUGUAGAUUGUGUGUUUGUUUGAAUUUCAGUUUGAGACUUUAUUAAUUGGUCCUAACUUUAAUAUUUGUUAUUUUAUUAUUAGGUUGCUAAAUGACGAUGACUUAUGAUUGGUUUAAAAUUUCUUAUUCACGUUUCCUUUUUACGUGAAAAGUUUAAAAAUAUAGAAACUUAAAAAUAUAAAAAAAAAUUUGUCAUCCGUAUGAAAAUUCAUGGCUUGGCCCUAUUUAAUGACGUAAAUUUGCAUGUUCAAAUUGAGCCUAUCACUGCUUUAAUUCAUGAAGAAUAUAAUCUCUCUAAUAAUCUAGAAAUGACAAAAAUGGCAUCUUCAAAGUUUGGCCAUUUCAAAUUAGGCAGCCACCUCACGAUAUGGAUAAGAUUGUAAUUAUUGAAUAAAAACUCCAAUUUUUCUUUUAAGAAAACAAAAGAUAACUCCAAUUCCAAUUAAUCUAUCUUAUUUAUUACAGAGACUAAUUGAAUCAAUGUUUGAUUUCCUAAUGCAAAUAAACCACAUAACCCACUUGCAUAUGUUAUCUCACAUCGACCAUAUAUGUGCUAUUGAUUUCCUAAUGAAAAUAAAUAUCAAUUGCACAUAUAAUUGACUGACUGUCUUAUGUGGUCGAUGUGAGAUAACAUAUGCAAGUGGGUUAUGAGUAUUGUGCCAUUAAUGGGUUAUGAGUAUGUGAGAUAAUAUAUGGAAAUAAGAUAGGUUGAAACUUACGUGGAAAGGUUGUUUGUUUGUUUGGAAGAUUGUGACACAUAUAGAGCAAUCACUCAUUCUUAAAGCCAGCAUUCUUAAGACCAAAGAGGCGGGCAAGAAAGGGGAGAAAGCUCUCCGUUCUAGGUUCUCCUAUAGCUGGAUUCUCCAAAACCACAAGAGUCCUUAGCACAUAUAAUAGCCUACCAAUUUACAUGGUUGAUGUACGUGAGAUAGCAUGCAAGUGGGUAAUGAGUACUAUGUUAUUGAUGUUUGUUUUGAUUUGGAAGAUUUUAUCCUCACACAAUUGGAAAGAUUGUUAUAUGGAACACUCGAGAGGAUUUGAUAGAGAUAUUUUUUUUGUUUUUAAUUUUUAUAACUUGAUAGUUAAACUGUUA